CUUGUCGAUUCGAUCUGUUCCACAAAGCCACUUCAGUGCUCGAUCCAAGCCAACAACAACAACAAGAAGAAGAAGAAGAAAGAAGCAAGGCAGCAGCAAUGGCGGGCGUGGGUCGCAACAUGGUGGCGCCGCUGCUGGUGCUGAACCUCAUCAUGUACCUCAUCGUCAUCGGCUUCGCGAGCUGGAACCUCAACCACUUCAUCAACGGCCUCACCAACCGCCCCGGCGUCGGCGGCAACGGCGCCACCUUCUACUUCCUCGUCUUCGCCAUCCUCGCCGGGGUCGUGGGCGCCGCAUCCAAGCUCGCCGGCGUGCACCACGUCCGCACCUGGCGCGGCGACAGCCUCGCCACCUCCGCGUCCUCCUCGCUGGUGGCCUGGGCGAUCACCGCCUUGGCGUUCGGGCUGGCGUGCAAGGAGAUCCACAUCGGCGGGUACCGAGGGUGGCGCCUCCGGGUGCUGGAGGCGUUCGUCAUCAUCCUGGCCUUCACGCAGCUGCUCUACGUGCUGGCGCUGCACUCUGGGCUGUUUGGCAACCAGUUUGGUAACCAUGCUGGUGGAUACGGCGCGGAGCACGGCGGGUAUGGCGCCGGCGAUCCGCACAAUAAGGGCAUGGGCACCGGCGGCGUCGCCAGGGUCUGAAUCGGCCGGGUAGAUGCCUCGGCGGCGACAGUGACAGGCUGAUAAUAAGGUGUAUGUAUAAAUGUGUGUUCCGUCACGUAUGGUGGGAGCGUACGUUGUAUCCAUACAUGGUGUGCAUGUACUCUUUUCUUUUUUGUAGGGACGACGCGCGUGCAUGCGUACAUGUGGUAGUACUGCAGGAUGGUUCUUCUUUGUGUGUGUGUGUGUGUGUGUGUGUGUGUGUGUUUAUUAUCUAGUCCGAGAUCGAGAUAGAGAUCGAUCAGUCCAUGCUUCUUCUCCGACCAGACCACAGCAGUGUCUGGAUGUGGAUGAAUGGCAGCACUUGUUUCAUUUAUCACUA